UCAUUUAUGUACAAAAAAAAUCGAAUCACUACUGAUAACAACUACUGCUCUAAAGAUAACAAAGUCAUACCUACCACGACCGUUACACUUUCAUUUCUUUUCGAUCCCAGAUCCAAGCAAGCAACAAAUCAAAUAUCAAAUGACUGUCGGCCUUGUCUACUAGUAGUUAACAACUGUACUCGUGCUUUUAAUUUUAUGCGCUUUUCUAGGUAUAAGCUCCGAACAAUGUGCUGUCGCGGUAUACCAUGCGGAGACUACAAUGCAAAUGUUUAGUAAUAAUCACGUUCCACUGGUAACCAGACCGAAGUUUAUUUGGGCUGGAAACAGGCCUGCUAGAUUUUGAAAUUCCAAUUCGAAACGGCCUUCUUGAUGUUGGUGUUGUAAAUGAAAUGAUUUCAUUGAGAAUUUUAAGUGGAGAGGGUGGCAAAUUGACCUUAGUGGAUUUUGGCGUGAAUGUUUGUAAAAGUGACCGCGAUUGUGGUGCGAGGGUUGUUUUUGGGUUCUAGUUUUCAGUGUCAUCGUGUCGUGUAGUUAAUUUAAUAGUGAACAAAAAUUUUAUUUAAAACGUACUCUGUUUAAUAUUGGGAUUUAUUUGGAAUAAAACAAUUACAACAAGAAAAAUUUAAGGAACCUGUAUUAACAUCUAGCUACAUAAUAAUUUUUAAUUUUGAGGAGACAGUGAUGGCCAAUAUAGGGAUGUUAAGAGAUGGGAAAAGGAGCUAGUAAACUAAAGAAAAAAUCGAGUAUACAGAGUUUAUCGUGGAGCAAAUUCGGCUCCCUCCCUCUCCGCUCGAGUAAGCACCGAUUAAAGAAGGAAAAUCAACUACAACCACCAAAAAAACACAAAGAUGUAUCAGUUUGGCUCAUCGAGCUCGACUUGGAGGAGUACCGGCCCCUUUUCCAGAAGUUUCAAGGUGUGGAAGAUCUGCUGGAGCUGUCUGAGCAGGAUAUCAAGGAGUUGGGAGUGAAGAAAUCGUCGGAUAGGGCUAGGAUUAUUAGUAGUCUUACUUGUUUGAGGUCUAAAUAUCAUGAAAAUGUGGUUAGGAAAACACCAAUUCGACACAGUGUGGCAGUGGAUAGUGGGAGCAAAAUCAACAGAGAAGAUACUUUAACCGAUCUAAGGGUUGUGAGCGAGGCUGUUCAAAGUAAAAGUUUAAACAACCUCAUAAUGGAACCAAUGGCUGAUCCGAGCAUGAACGCGGCCGAUCUCCGCAAAGCCCUAGAAUGGGAGUUGUCUCUCGACAGCAGGGAUCUUCGUAGUCAUGCGUGGUAUCAUGGCGCCAUACCACGUGUUCGAGCUGAAGAAAUUGUUCGAGAAGAGGGCGAAUUUCUGAUCAGAGACUGUACAUCUCAGCCUGGAAACUACGUCUUGAGUUGUAGGACGAAAACGCACCCACUUCAUUUUGUAAUCAACAAAAUUAUACUUCAACCUGAUACUGUUUACGAAAGGGUACAAUAUCAGUUUGAAGAUGAUGCUUUUGAUACGGUUCCAGAUUUAAUCACCUUCUACGUAGGCUCUGGAAAGCCAAUUACAGCCGCUUCUGGAGCUAGAAUACAAGUUCCUAGGAAUCGAAUGUAUCCUCUUUCGUUUUAUGCUUCCAAAUAUCCCACCCCGUUACUCCAAAGUAGGUUAACAUCACCAGCAACCACUCCAGUUGGACAUCAGUACAGACAUAGUCCUCUUCAACCUUAUAGACCCAGCAAUUCUCCUACCAGACCUUCUAGGGAAGGCGCUCCACGGUUGCCAUCAAAAAAACAGAGGUCACAGUCUUUAACUCCAUCUGAGGUAAACAGAAUAUCCCAAGAAAAAUGCAAUAGUGCAGACGGAGUAAUUCAAUCACCUUUAAUGACUAGGUCUGCUGGUGCCGAUGCAGUCAACUCUUCACUUCGAUUUUCUUCACAUUCUUUACCCCGAAAUACACACAACAAACUCUCAAUUUCUUGUAGUGCAAACACAUUAGGCCGUGAUCCAAGAAACAGAUUGAAUAGUGAUAUAACCCUAUCUCCUUGUUCAGAGCACCGAUUUAUAACUAAUGACUCCGGACUAUCAGAGUCGCCACCUCCUAAGCCAUCGCGAUUGCCCAGUCUUAUCCGAACAGAGUCAAAAGAAUCGGACGUUAUCGAAGGACGAUAUAGCGUUGACGGUAUAGCGCACGGUGGUUUACAGCGAGUGACGUCCUAUCAUGCCUCCGGAUCUGACUCAGGAAACGGGUCGGGUGACUCUGCGCUGAGUUCGGUAACGGAUGCUUCCGAAGUUCCUAAAACCAGUGGUGUAGUUAUAAAAAAUCCGCGUUAUAAUAUGAGUACGUCAGAGUCCUCUACUACGCUUAAGAACUUUGAAAUAGACUGGGUGACGGCGGAGGAAAAAUUAUCACAAAUAGAACUUUUAGAGUGCGAUUUGAACUCUAGUUUUGACUUAGAAAACUUCCAAACUCUAUUACUUCCCGUACAUGAAAACAAACCAUUAGAUGCGCAGGCGCUUAGGCGAAUUAAAAUGACGUUAUUCGAAUCGGGCCCGAGAGUUUUGGCCAACCAUUUGACAAGGACUGAUUUAGAUUUAAUUUUUGGUACGAAAGAUAAUGGUAUUGUUAAGUCUAAAUUGACUUUAGGAUUAAAUAUGUGUGCGUUGCCACAUGGAAGGCAGUUUAGGUUGGACCUUAUUGAAAGGGCAGAAUGUUUGAAAUUACUAGUAGCUGUGACGAUUUUAACAUGUGGAGAUGAAUCCGAAAGAACUGACAUCUUAAAUAAAUGGAUAGAAAUAGCGAUAGAUACAAAAACAGCUCUUGGUAAUCUGUUUGGAUUUUGUGCAAUUAUGUUAGGAUUGUGUUUGCCACAGAUUGAAAAACUUCACACGACAUGGCAUAUGCUGAGGCAAAAAUAUACCGAUUCUGCCUUUAACUUUGAAGCCAAACUCCGCCCAACUUUAAAAAAUAUGAAUAGUUGCUCAAAUCCUCAAGCGCCAAACACUACCAUCCCACAUUUGUUACCUUUAAUAUUGCUACUGGAGCGCAAUUUAGAUGAUUUUUUAAAUCCUAACGAUCAAGAUCAGCUAUCCCAAAUGACGCUUGGAUUUUGGGAGUGGAAUACGCAAGAUUUUGGUAUUACUACUCUACUUAAUCAUAUGGAAUCUGCACGGAAAUACUUAGAAUUAAGCCCAACAUAUCAGAGAAAUGCAGAAAUCGUACUUGGUGAAGCGAGAACAGACGAGUUAACCAUCGACAUGUUUCGAACGGAAUUCCAUUUAAAAUUCUUGUGGGGAAGCAGGGGAGCCUUCGCAAACGCGUCCGAAAGGCAUUCAAAGUUCGAGCAGGUUCUGACAGUUAUGGCGGAAAAAUACUGCAAUUUAAAAAGUGAUAGUGAAGUGUAAUCAUUGUGAUCUUAAAUUUUUAGUUAUAUUUUUAAUAAAGGCGUUGAAAUUUUCUAAGCAAUCAAAAUGAGUCUCAUCAACGUAGAAGAAGUUACUAAUCAAAACAGAUUAUACAUAUAAGAGAAAUAUCGCUUAACUAUGUAUUUAAGGUUCUUCCAAAUUUUAAUCAGAGAUGGUUUAUUACAUGAAGAGUGUAUUAAUAGUAGGAACUUAUGAAUUUGUUAUUAUUAUAGAAGGACGGAGACAUUUACGACCGAGCAGAAACUGAAGUUCAUAUCUUCGUCCGAUUAUAACAAUAAUAACAACCUAGAGAGUCAGAUACAACUGUUUAUCUACGACUAUUUAAAUAAUUUCUUGAAAGUUUUAUAAAGCAUUCCAUAGUUAUUUCUCGAUUUUUCGGAAAUCAAUCCCAAUAAUAAAGAAUUGGCAGCUUCAGUGAUUUUAGGUGGUGUGUCAAUAAUAUAAUUUUGAUCAUUUUGACUAUUUCUUUUAAAUAUGCAAAAAACAAGUUGAGUUUCGAAAACAAAAUACAUUAGUAUGAACGGUGUACAAUUAUGUGGUUAACAUAAUGCAAUUAUGUAACUAUGGCAAUGAGUAAUUGUAUAUUAUAAUUAAAUAAAAUACAUAAGAAUAAUAGAUUUUAUUUAAUAGUCGUAGAUAGAUAUUAAGAUACAGGAUAUUGUAAAAGAAUAUUACCAAUAUAUUUUGCGUUAGUAUAAGGAGUGAUUUUUUGCCAUAUUCAAAAUUUAAAAUCGUUUUCUAAUUGUUAGUAAAGUGAUAUUCACAGAUUAUAUUAUGUAAUAUAGAAUUAAAAUAAAUACGCUUAAAAAUUUUGGAAAAUUCUUUAAGAACGUACAGUAAGAAUUAAAAUAUUUUAAAAAUCGAAAAAAAAAUGUUGAUUAUUACCAAAAUUUUUAGACGGUAUUGGAAAGUUGAGGAAUUUGAACAAGUGGAAUUUCAACAAAUGCUAAAUAAUUAUUUUAUUGUUAGAAAAAAUUAGUCCUAGCUUGUUUUGUCUUUUAGUUGACUUCUAUUUUAGUAGCUAGGGUUUGUAUGUUUUAGGCAAAUCUAAGUGAUGCCUUAGAUUUAUUUAUUUACAAAAAUAAAACGUUUUCAACUGAAAACUAUCAUUCGCCAAAAUAUUUUUCAUUUAAAGAGAGACUGUCCAUUUAUGACAUCCGAUGAUACGAUAAUACAAAAUUGUUUAUAUUGGCUGAUUAUUUAAAAAAAUAUGUUGGAAUAUUAUUAUUUGCUAAUAUCACCAGGGCCGCCGAGGCCGUGGUGGACCCCGGGGCAUUUCUAUAAAAAAUCAAGUAUUCAAGUCCUUUCUAUGUUAUUUCAAAAAAAAAGAUCCUCAAGCAAAAUUGAUUAAACGUCCUCAGCUAAAGCUGCCAGGCCCCCCCUGUGCCCAGGCCCCGGGGAAUUUGUCCCCCUACUCCCCCCUCUCGCAGUGCCUGAAUAUCACAAUAUACAAUUUUAAUUAAAUAUAAAACAUGUAUGUAUACGAGGUAUGGCAAUUAAAUAACGAGAAUUUUAAAUUUUAAAACAUUUAUUUAAUAUUUACAAUGAUUUAUGCACCCAUGCCUUCAGAGUACUCUCUUCCGAGUCUAACACACUUGGUCCAGCGUUCUUCCCAUUUCUGGAAACACCCCUGGAAGUUUCUAGAAGUUAGGUUCUUCAACACCGACGUUACGACAUGUUUAAUGUCCUCCAAAUCCUUAUAGUGAUGUCCUUUCAUUGGUUCCUUCAACUUUGGAAAUAGCCAGAAGUCCAGAGGAUCCAGAUCAGGGCUGUACGGGAAGUGGGAGAGCUUGUUCCUACUGGUCAAAAACUGUUGAACUUUUAAUGAUGUGUGAGCAAGCGCAUUGUCAUGGUGAAGGACCCAACUCAACAUAAAUAAUACAAAUACAAUUAAAACUAACUAACCCUGCUACUAUUUCUGGAGAAAUAUUCAUUAAUUAAAUAAUCUGUGACCUGGAUUUUAAAUAUAGUUAGUUACAGAAUUUACAGUUUUAGUUUUCUCUGGAAGAGCGUUGUAGAAGUCUAGACCUUUAAAAAAUAGUGAAUUUUGUGUUGCACUAUUAACAACAGUUUCAAUAUAAAAGUUAUUUAUGUGCCGCGUUGGAUAAGUGUGCACAUCAGAGUGAUAAUUAAGCUUCUCUUUUAGGUACAUUAGAAGUAACCCAUUUUUGAUAUUAUAAAUAAAAAUGUAUUCCUUGAUAAAACACUUUUAAUUGGCAUCCAAUUCAAAAUUUCAAACAUUAUAUUAAUGGGAGUAUAUUUUGAGCAAGAUAAUAUUGUUCACAUUGCCCUAUUCUGCACCUUCUGCAGUAGAUUCAAUUUAUUUUGAUUUAGAUAAGAGUAUUGUAGAACAAUAAUAUUGAGUUAGGUAGAAUGAUAGUGUUAUAUAUAAUACAUUUAGUCCACUCUGAUAAGCCAAAUGAACUUCUAAAGCGUGGUCCAUCUAGUGGCUUUUUUAAUCAUAUGGUAUUUUGACACUGAAAGUUUUUUCCCGCUCUAAAUCUUGACAAAACGUUAAUAUAAUAUAUCGGCGGACCUUUCCAAUUGACUCAGCAUUUGAAGGUAUACGACCAUCCGAUGCGUAUCGCUUCUCAGUUUAGGCCUUAGAGCAGCUCGAAAUGGAUAACGAUUUUGCUUGAAAAAUCAUCUUUUCUGACGAAGCGUAUUUUCAUCUCGGCGGCUUUGUUAGCAAGCAAAACUGCAGCAUCUGAGAAUCGGAAAACCCGCAGAGAGUAACAGUUUGGUGCAGAUUCUGGAGCGGUGGCAUCAUUUGCCCAUUUUUUGUUUGAAAAUUCUGCUGGAGACGCCAUUUCGGACAACGAUGAGCGCUACAAAGGCAUGAUAAACGAUUUUUGUGGCCGGAAAUUGAAGACAUGGACUUGGACGAUCUUUGGUUUUAGCAGGCUGGCGCGCCAUGCCACACAGCCCAUGCCACAAUCGAUCUUUUGCGCAUCAAGUUCGGUAAUCGUGUUAUCAGCCGUCUCGGCGAUGUCAAUUGGCCACCCCGCAGCUUCGAUUUGACUCCUUUAGACUUUUUUGUGCGGUGCUGGGAAGGACCAAGGUUAUGCGAACAAUCCAUUAACAAUUCAAGCCCUUAAGGCGAAUAUCGAGCAAGCUAUUCAUAAGAUAUAGAGCCAGAAACCGUCAUCAAUGUCUUGGAAAUUGGAUUAACAGGAUGCACUACUGCGAAGCCAGCCGAGGCAGUCACAUGAAUGAAAUCGUAUUCCAUAAAUAUUUGCUCUUUCGAAUAAACCAAUAAUAUACCGAACAAAAUUGAUUUUUGUUAAUUUUUUUGAACAUUUAAAAAGAUAGACCACCCUAUGUAUAGAAAAUUUAACUUUAAUGCAAUACUUUUGAUGACAGAGUUGGCAUGAUCUGUAAAUUUCAUGUGUCUGUCAAUCAUUACCCCUAAGUAUUUGAAUUUUUCUACUAAGUGUGUAGAAUUUCCUUCAAUUGUGAUGUUAUAUUGUUCUUCAACAAAUUGUUCAUAGCCUUAAUUAUUACUUAUUAGCAUACAUUUUGUUUUAUUUGUGUUUAACAAAUUAUUGCAACAUCAUUUAUAAACAUUUUUCAGAGUUUCAUUAACAACUCUUACUAAGUUAUCUGGAUCCUCACAAGAAAAAUAUAUAAGGGCAUCAUCAGCAAACACGUUAAUGUCACAUUGACCCUUGACAUCAACAAUGUCAUUGAUAUGAACUAAAAAUAACAGGGGACCUAAUAUGCUUCCCUGUGGAAGUCCUUUGGUAUAGUUAAUUUCUUCUGAUAUGAUGUUAUUUAUUUUUAACCUUUGUUUUCUGUUACUUAGAUAAUCCACACACCACUCCAAUGCUGGCUCUACUAUACCCAUAUGUUUUAAUUUUAUUAUCAAACGGUUCUGAUCAUCAGCUUCAAAUGCCCGUUGGAGAUCUAUAAAAACUGCCAGUGAUUUUUUAUGCUUGUUUCUGAAGCCAGAUUGUAUUUUUGUAAAAGUUUUAUGUUCUAAAAAAUUAACAAUUUGUUCAUAAACAACCUUCUCAAGGAUUUUUUAAAGCAUUGGUAAUUUUAAGGACGAGUAUAUCAAAUGGUUCUGAGAGGUUUUAAAAACAGUUUUAUGAAAUUUUAAUGUCUUAAAGACUCAACCGUGCAUCGUUGAAACUUCCCAAUAAAAUGUCCAUUGUGUCUGUCUAAAAUUUGAUAUUGUAUGAUCAAUCAAUCGUAUUAGCAAUCGAUUGGACACUGUCUAUGUAAAAUUUAUUAAUAUUUUUGAUAAUCACAUUAUAUUCUAGUUCAAGUUCGAUUAAAUCAUUUGACUUUGGCAGAUUGAUUCUGUGUGAUUUAUAAUAUUUGUUACAAAAUUAUCAUAUUUUACAUUAAUGUCAUAAAUACGAUAGUUGUUAUUUAUUAAAUCAAAAUUUAAGUCCUUACCUCUGCUUUCAAUUUCUAAAGCAGAUAGGUCAUUACUAUUCAAUGGCACAUUCGUUAAAAGUAUAAUUUUUUUGGUGUUUUGAUAACCUCAACUGAGACUGAAUCGUUAUAAUGAAUAACUAAUCUCUUAUAGUGUACCUUCACCAUUUCUUUUUGGUUUUGUAUAUUCCGCUACAAUAUUUUUUACUCCAGUUUUUAGUUAACAAGUCAAUAUUAAAAUCUCCAGAAACAAUAAGUAUUUGAGAAUUAUCACAUACAUUUUUUUUAUACAACUGUGACCUAUAAAAUGAUACAAUUUAAAAAUGUUUGUCCCCAUUUUCACAGAGACAAUCCAACAAAUUUUUGGAAUCAUCGGAUAAAAUUCAACUUCUCCAAGGUCGAACAAAUGGUUAAAAUUUUGUUAAAAGAAUCUCAACCAUAUAUUUUUAAUCAGCCAAUAGGAACAUUUUCGGAUCAACGUAUCGUCGGAUAUCGUACUUAUGAACAGUAAGUAUUAGGCAUUCCAACGACCUCGUAAAUCUAAGGGGGUUGCGAUAUAGCCUGCUUCCAUCUUGGAUGCUAUUUUUAUUUGAAAUAGUAGUCACCAAGUCUGUCAAUUUAUAGAAAAUGUACAAGCGGUUUUUUUUAAAUAAUAAUUUCUUUAGGCGUUUUCGGAACCUUACUCGAAUCAGAAAGAUUACAAAUCCUAGUGUUACCAGCCCUAUCCGUUUUCGGAAACUAGUAGAUUACUGAUCCAGUUUUGUCAUCGAGAGCAGUAUUUUGUGAUCCUUUAUGCGAGUAGAUCAGUAAUAGAUUUUUGCAUGCGCACCGUAAGAUUUUAUAGAGAAAUAACGGAAUAACUUUUUGAUAUCUGGCAUCCGACAGUAGUAGUUUUCUUUUAACAUUUACGUUAAUUUAGUUACUUUAAACUUGUAAUGUUUAUGCAAGAGGAUAAUAACUUCAUCACUAGAAUACCUACUAUUCUAAAAUCGUACUUGCUGGAGGGAAUAGGUUAUUUAAAAUAAAAUGGGUCUUAAACAAAUAAGGAUUUUAAAUAUUAAAUGUCACGCGGGUAAAGUCAAAAAUUGAUAAAAGUUGAUUAACAAGAACAAUAAUCAAACUCGUUCGUAAACUGUCGGCACUAAAGUUUAGUGAUCUAGGUGAUCCGUCGGGUAAGCCCAGUAAUCCGGAUUUGUGAUCCAUAGUAGGUUUCCGAAAACGCCUGUUGUAUUCGACAUAAAAUAUUUAAAUUUAAUUCAUUAAUUAUGAUUUCACGUAUUGCAGAUAGACUACAUCGUAUGUCGCAAUCCUUUAGAAAUACCAAACCGUACCCAGCAAACAUUUUGUGCAGGGUAGUAAAAGGCCCAAUAACUGUUACCCUCCAAUUGUAAUGAUGGCCAUUUAACUUUUAUAAUAAAAAGGCCGGCAUAUAUAGGUUACUACGGCCGACAGUCGGGCCGAAGUCACUUAGCCAAUAAAUCCAAUUAAUAAGCCUCCAUAAAUAUAUUGGCAUUUAAUGGUAUAUUGAUGGGAAGUUAACAGGAAAUUGCUGGCUUUUACCAUAUUAAUACUGACUGCUGAAUAAAGGUCAUGUGUCAAGCACAUGACCAGACAGGAUAUUCGAUAGUGCCUCUUUGACCAGUAGUACCGUUUGAACUAUAAAUUCUAUACAAAAACGUAAGGCAUUUCAAUAUAGAAUAUUGUAGAUAUUUUAUUUAAUUCAGCUAUAUAAUACAGGGUGUCCGAAAAGGUUUUUACUAUUUACUCAUACAGUUUUAAAUUUAGUAAACAUUUUUUAUUUAUCAAAUUAACUAUAAAAUGUGGAAAUUUAUUUGUGAAAAAUUAUGCCGUCGAGAUGCUGUCCUCCUACGCGCACCGUUUCCUCCAAACAUUCUCUGAAAUGGGCAAACACGCGGACACAGAGUUCUUGUGGAAUUGCUCGAAUUUCAUUGCGAAUUCUUGGCUUCAACUGAUUCAGAUUUGCAGGAAUUUCAGUGUACACCUUUGCUUUGAGGAACCCCCACAAAAAAAAUCCAUGCGAGUUAAGUCGGGACUUCUGGGAGGAUAAUUGAUGUCAACAUUUUUCCAUAUGAACUUUUCUGGAAACAUCCUUCGAACGACCUGCAUAGAAAUAUUCGCCCCAUUUUGCUGAAACCAAGUGUUUUGGUUAAAGCCAGCAAAAUUUUGCAAUUCUGGCUCAAGAAAAUUUUCCCUAUAACAGUUAGAGUUAACAGUGACAGUGCGAUGAUUUCCGUCUUAAAAAAAAGGGACCAAUGAUUCCAUGUGCAGACAUUGCUGCCCACACUGUCACUUUGGGACUAUGUAGAGGUUGCUAAUGUUUUUCCCUUGGGUUGUUAUCACCCCAAUUAUCGACAAUUUACGGCUCUGUUCAAGUGAAAAUGAGCCUUGUCACUAAUGACACAGAAUGUUAUCGAAAUUGUCGAAGUUAUAUAACAUGUGCUGAGCAAAUGCGACACGAAUUGGAUAAUCUUCCACUUUUAAGGGGGUCCUCUAGUUUCUCGGUUGUUUUUUUUAAGGCUUUUUUCAAUAUUUUUUUACGGGCAAACCAUCGAAAUAACAAAUCUCAUUGUUUUUACAUAAUCUUUAUUAACAUUUAAAUGAGCUUAACAAAUUUUUUGAAGACAAAAUAUAUAAUAGAAUCAAAGUUAUAGUGGCCGACAGGAAGUGAAGGAGGUGCUUGACGGUGACCACGAUAUUUCAGAAACUACUGCACCGAUAUUGUUCACAUUUAUAAGACAUCUUUAAUAUGUUAUAAGCCAGCGAUUGAACUAGGAUUUUCAUGUUUGCUUUGAUAGUUUGUUUUUUCUACGAGCGAGAAACUUAAAAAAAAUGAGUAAAAAAUAUAAUUUAAUUUUCAAAAGUGUAUAAAAUAGCCGCAAUCUUGGUCACCGUCAUCUUUUUCACUUGAUAUCUUCCUGUCGGCCACUAUAACUUUGAUUCUAUUAUAUAUUUUGUCUUCAAAAAAUUUGUAAAGCUCAUUUAAAUAUUAAUAAAGAUUAUGUAAAAACAAUGAGAUUUGUUAUUUCGAUGGUUUGCCCUUAAAAAAAUAACCGAGAAACUAGAGGACCCACUUAAUGCUUGAACAAUUUGAAUUUUGUAGAAAUGAAACUUUUUGAUAAAGUUAGAGCGGUCGCCCAUAUGGUUGUUACGGACUGUCGUGGCUUUUACUUCGAACUUUGCAACCUAGUAUCUGAUUAAAGGACGCGUCGGAGCUUGAUUAAUGUCGUGUAAAUUAAAAUGCGACGCACUUGGAAGUAAUGCUGGUUGUUUUCGUAAAAUGCUUUUACACAAAAAGCGCGCUGCGGCCCCGUGUAUCGCUCUAUGCUUUUACCCAAUACAGUUACUUACCCUUGCAUAAGGCCAUUAUCAAGCAACAUAAUGCUGGGCCACUAUCAAAAGGCCAAAAGUAGGCUUUUAUCUUUUAAUCGUCGCAUUCAUUUUCCCUUCAAUUACAGCAAAAGGCCAGCAAUAUCCCGGCAAUUUAUUGUUUUUUGGGUAGCACCGCGUUUCAUUUGUUUGGAAUGCCUAAUUCCUUAAUGUGUGCAAUAUCUCGCAAAACAAAUUUAAACAAAUAGGCCAUACUGUACUAUAUUUCUCAUUCAUAAAACGUGCAUUUUUAAUUGUGUCCCAUUCUAUUAUCGCUCUACAUAUUUCUAAUUUUUUGUCUAUAGUCAAAUAAGUAAGUAAAUUUUAAUUGGAAAUUCCAUGGCUGCAAAAAAAUAUUUAGUUUCCAAACUCUACAUUCUAUUUUUAAAUUUUACUCUUUCGCCUAAUGCAAACAACCAAUGUUGAAAUAUCCACAACACUUUUAAAGCUAGAAUUGAUGGGACUGUAAUAAUAUUGCUCAAUAUCUCAAAAAGUAGGAGCUAAAAAUUAUAUAGGAGGAUUAUUAAAUAUGAGUAUAUUCAAUUUAUAAACAAUUUACCAUGGAAAUAUUUAAAAAUUCUUCUAUUUUACGAAACGAUUCAAAUAAUUUAUUUAAGGGUGUUUAAAUAUGAUAAAUAAUUUAUUUGAAUUUUAAAUUAUCUAUUUAUUUCUAGGUACAUAUCAGAAAAAAUAAUUUUGAAAAUUUACGAAAAACAACCAAUGUACACCUCUAUAAAACCAACUUGGUUUUUAAAUACGAAAAAUAAACAGUGUAAAAAAUUUAGCUUUAAUAAAAAUAAAUUAAGUAGUCUCUUAGACUUUUUAUAAAAAGGUGCUCAUUUUAUUAAUUAUAUUAUAAGGAACAUUUGGUCUAAUUCAAAUUAAAUUAUAAAGGAAAUUUUAAUUAUUAUAAAAACGUCUUAUAAUUGACAAUACAAGAAAGACUGGUACCGUGUGUCAUAUAUUACGAAUUUUUGUACUUUCAUUUACAGUUUAAUCUCGAUGUUUCAGUUUUCCACCACACGUUUCUUGAAAAAUUGACAUAUUGUAGACUUAUUGAAACACACUGUACAUGGUUAUUCGCGAUAAUUCUAAUGAAAUAAUAUACAGGGUGUCCGGAAAUUGCAUGUACAUGAAACUACCACUAAUUUAUGUGCUCAAAUUAAGUUGAUUUAACCAAACUUACGUAUAUACCAACUUGCUUCGUUUGGCUGCUAGAGGUCAACAAUAUUAAAUAAAUAUAUGUUUUUUCUUUAGUCUCCAGAAUUCGGCGAUUUUAAAAGAUCAAACUUGAUACGAGUACUAGGAGUUUUAUGGCUAAUUAAAAGCAGUGGGAACAAUUUUCAUUAGGGGGGAGGGCAAAGUGCAUUUUCCCUAAUUUUUUAUCUGUAACUUUUUGACAUUUCUGGCAUUAAAAUAAAAAACUGUAGUUUUUACUCAAAAAAGUUACUCUUGUUCGAUGUCGCCAUCAGGUACCCUUUUCGAAAAAUAAAAUGUGAUGCUUAAUAUCGUUACUUUAGUACUAUGAAAGAUGGUAUUGGUGAAAUAAUAAUUUGUGUUUCUACACCCACAUGGAUAUUAGCUUAUCUACGCACAGGUUACAAAACGAAAAAGUAUGGCGUUGCGUUUAACUGAACGAAUAUAUUUCAUAUCCAUUCUAGGUAGUAAGAACACUGCAAAAAAAUGAAAUCCACCAAUCACCGUUCAUAUUUUGAUCAAUUCUGUCAAACUAAUUGUCAAUAUAUAUUUUUUAGUUAUUGAGAUUAAAGGCAUUUCUUUAUAAGCUUACCAUAACUUACUAGAACAUACUUAUGUAACCAAAGCAAUUCUUUAAACGGUUUGGUUACUUCCAUGACGUCAUACGUUACCAAAAUACGUAACUACUACUAACCAUGAUGUUUUUAGUGGUAAGGUGUGUGGUAAGGUCAGUAAGGUCCACAUUUGAACAUAUCGAGCAUGCGCAAAGUAUUGUAAAGAGAUUAAAUUAGAUACAUUUUUCUGUGGUUACGGGUUAUAUGGUUCAUUUUGUAUAUUUGGGUUGGGCAUUUUUGUAUUUACCAAAGAAAACUAUUUACUAUGAAAGAAAUUACAUUUGAAAUACAGGGCACUGAAAUAACGCUUCACGAGAGCGAUGUUGAUGACCACUGGAUACUGUUAUUUAUAUUGAAAUAUAAAGAUGAAAAUAUGAGACUACUGGCACAAGUAAUUAUCAUUAUUAUUUCAUCACAAAUAACACUUAUUAAUUUUUUUUCUUCCUUUUGUUGGAGGAGACAUAUUUAAAUAAAUAAGAAAAGAACGAAAAUCAAAUGACGUCUGUGACAAAAACACUUUUAUUUAUCUGAACAAAAACAAAGUAAACAAAUCCCCAAUUUGACAUGUGACAACGACAAGUGCUACGAGUUACCACGGUAAGUCUGACGUCAUCAGAGUAACCACAACGCUGUUACGAAGUAUGUCGUGGUAAGCUUAUAAAGAAAUGCCUUAAACAUACAUUAAAAUGGGUUAUUCUUGUGUAGAAUCGAUAAAUAAUAGCAUUUCUAUUUUUAUUUCGUCUAUAAUUAUAAAUAAUUCGUUAAUUUAAAUAAAACUAUAUGCAGGGUUCGAAAAUAUCAUAUUAAUAUAAAUAUCAUAUCACAUGAUAUAUAUCGGAUAUAUAUCCGAUAUAUACAUCAAUUUUAAAAUUUAAUUAUUUAAUUAAAAAACAGUAUUGUUUCUUGCACAAACUAUAUUUUGUCCACGACCACUUAAUAAUAAAUCAAUAUUCUACCUCCUAACUAAAAGCAUAUAGUACCCAUAUAUCACGGAGUGAAUUAUGAUAAUUCACGCUUUUGUAAUUCUGGAACAUUCCGGUAGAUAACUAAAGAUAGGCGAUACUUUUCAUAACGAUAUUUUCUAGAUCGAAAAAUCAAAAAAUCGAUAAAUCAAAAAAUCGAAAACUCGAAAAUCGAAAAAUGAAAAAAUUGAAAAGUAAAAAAAAUUGAAAAGUAGAAAAAACAACAGUUAGUUACCAAUGUUUAAUAAAGACUUUCCAUUCUACACUUAACUUUUAUUUAAUAAAGAAAACAUAAUGGUCGUGGACAAAGUAUAGUAUUAGACUCGUUUAAUAAUAUACUAUUAAAUUUUAACAAAAACCUAUAUUCUAAACAACAAAACCGCUUAUUCUAAUAAUAACCUCAGAUAUAGCUGGUUCCCAUGCCCAGUCAAGGUUGGUUUUCUUUUUGUCUCUAUUUUGAUUCAUACACUUAAACAUAAAAACCAGUCUACUGGCUUUUUGGUUUCCUAAGCGAAUCCGUAAAUCUGAGUGAACCAAACCGAAAGAAGAAAAGGUCCUUUCAAUCUCUGCUGUAGAUGCCACUGCAGUGUGUAACUGUUCACACAAUUCAAAAAAAGCGUUUUUGUCUGGCUAGUCCAAUACAGGACCCGAUUUUCACCACUGGCGGAGUAAACCUAAAAUGAUCCCCAAAAAAGUACCUACUUACUUUUGAUAUAAGAGAGAUUACAAAUGGAACAAAAGAAAUUUUUGGGUAUCUGUUAUAUGCCGUCCCAAAAAUUGGCGAUCAAUAAUGUUUGCUAGAUAAUGAAUUUUCCCAAAUGCCAUAUUUUUUCUUUUAAACUUUUUUUUAUUAAAAGUGGCUGUCCUGAGAAAUCCAAUUCUAAUUUAUGCCACACCUUUACACACACAGAUUUAGUUGUAUAGUAUCUUUGAACUCUACCAAGAGCCAUGGGGCUAUUGGAUCUAGACGAGCAAUUAGGUCAGUGGUAUUUAAUGCUUCCUGGGCAUCAUUGACUAUCUCUAUAAUGUCACUUUCGAUAACAUCUUUAUGGUCCUGGCAUAACUGAACUAAAACUCCCCUAUUUACUAAAAAUGACUUAAGGGCGUAUUGAGACAUUUUCGGAUGUUUAGAAUGGUGGAAAACAUUUUUAAUUUAAUAAAUAAAAUUAUCGAAUAUAUCGGAUAUAUAUCACUUGAUAUAUAUCCUCCGAACCCUGAAUAUGAAGUCAAUUUAAUUACGAGUAUUAAAACAACAAAAAUAAAAGAGUAGGUGGUCCUGUGGUUAGCGUUCUUGUCUUCUACGCGGAAUACUGAAGUUCGAUACUCGGAUAGGGAAAAAUGGAAUGAACUUUUUGUUUUUUUUUUUUCGUUUAUUUUAUUUUAAAAAUUAUUAAAAGUCAUAAUUUAUCUUUAAAUUAGUUAUUUUAGUAAACUAAUUUUUAAUAUUUGUAGAUUUUUGUUAGUAGGUCGUAGAAAAAAUAUACUCCGCCUACGGCGUCGUGCUCAAAUUUCGUCUUCGUGCGAUAUGUCCAUCAUAUCCACUCUUGUUGCACAAACUAUUAUAUACUGCAUACGGGUAUACAGAACGCUGCCUGUAGGAAUCUUCUGUAUGCCGCAUAUAAAAAAAAAUAUUAUUAAGAUUUCGCAAAGAAAAAUAGUACCCGCUUCUUUUAAUUGGCCCUAAACCACCCAGUACUCGUACCAAAUCUGAUCUUUUAAAAUGACUGAAUUCUUGAUAUUAAAGAAAAUUUAACUUUGUUGACCUCUAAUGGAUGAUAAACGAAGUAAGUUUUGUUAAAUCCAUGAUACAAAAAAUUACAGAGGUAUGAUACUUAGCCGACGAAAUCUCGUCGAGUUCGCGCAUGACGUAUUGUGGUGUGGAAUAUGGUUAUCUGAUUGGUCAUGAGCUGAUUAUAAUUUAUUUUCGCGCGCUGUUUUCGAUCAGCUAAUACGUCAAAUUCGUAAAAGCCACGCCUUCCACCACAUUACGUCACCGUUACGUGUAGUAUCAAUCUGCGUAGUAUUAUACCUUCUUUUUAUAGUAUCAUGGGUUAAAUCAACAUAUUUUGAGCCCGCAAAUAUGUGGUAGCUCCAUGUACACACAAUUUCCGAACGCGCUGUAUAUGAUCAUUGUGUAAAUAAAAAAGCAAAGCCAAAAAUUAUAAAAGUCUUAGAUAAGGUACGGCUUCUAGAUGCAGUAAUUUAGGAAACAAAUCAUUUUUAUUAUAAAUUAGGCUGUAAUUAUAAAAAAUAUCAUUAUUGCGUAUAGUUUAGAGAGACCAAAAUAAAAUUUUGUCUUCACUUUUGUAAAUUUAAUUCUACUAUAUGCUGCAUCUAGCAUAUUCAAGAUCUAAGGUAAACCUAAGAAAAGGGUCUCUUAUUUUUGAAUAAAAUCAGUUUUAUAGUAGAUUAAUAGUGUAAAGUUAUUUUUACAAGUUCUUUUAUCCAGAGUUUUAUGUUUUUAAAACAAUCUAAUUAUAAUUACAAAUGUAAUAAAUGCAGUUAUUUAAUACUAUUAAAAAUAACAGUGUUUCGUUUUAAUUCCUUUUAAUACAGUGUACCUCAAAAUUUGCUAUAUGCAUUUUGUCAAGUUGAAAUUAAUUAUAGUCCUAGAAAACAACAUUACAAUAAUUAAUUUACUUAAAAAUAGUUUUUUUUAAACAUAUGAUUAACUGAUAUAUUGGCCUAAAAAUAUUGUUAAUAAGCUUUUUAUACAGUUUUCAUACUUCCAUAAGUUUUUUUAUUAAUUUAUUAAAAAUACUUGAGGUUAGAUAAAAUAAUUUAUUAAAAAUAGUCCAAACUUGUUCCUAUUUUGUAUCAAAGUACUUUGCUGUGAAUUUUGAGUACCACUGAGCUUACAGGAUGGACCAACAAAAUGACUAGUAACCAAAAAUAUCUACUAUCUUUAUUGGUUUUUAGUAAAUAUUUUUGGUAAAUUAAUGUUGAUCUGCCCUUUAUGUAUUUAAUUCAAUAACAAAUCAUAGUGAUUACAAAGAAAGUUUUUUUUUAUUUUUGUCCCCAUUUGUUAUAUCUUUGUUUGGUGAUAUUUGCCCGCUUUUAAAUUAUUUUGUAAUCUCUAUGAUAAGUAUUGAAUUUGACCUGUAUGGUAUAAAUAUUUAACAUAAUUGUGUGUUAAGAUAAAAAUGUAGAUCUAAUAAAUUAUUAUUAAGGGGUCUAUUACAAUAUGUAGUGGAUAGAAAACCCUAUUGUGAACGAAAAUUAUGUAUAGUAGACUUCUGUGUAUUUCACAUGUUAAAAAUAUAAAAUGAUUGAAAUAAACAUAAAGAAAGCCUU